AUGUCUUUAUUAGAGAAUAUCCUUUAUUUCCAAGGUGGGCUUGGAGUCUUAGCCAAUAUGUUUCUUAUUAUUUUCUAUACCUGCAUAAUCUUAGAUCACAGAUAUAAGCCCAUGGACCUGAUCUUCUGUCAACUGACCUUCAUUCACAUAAUGAUGUUCCUCACUGCAGGGGAAAUUUGGCUUGCAGACAUAUUUGAGUCACUGAAUGUUAAGAAUGACUUCAAAUGUAAGGCAACUUUUUACAUAUACAGGGUGAUGAGAGGCCUCUCCAUCUGCAUCACCUGCCUCCUGAGUGUGUUCCAGGCUGUCACUAUCAGUCCCAGUACUGCUUUGUUGGCAAAAUAUAAACAUAAACUGAAACAACACAUUAUUAAAGCUUCCUUAUAUAUUUGGUCUUUUAAUUUGUCCUUCAGUAGUAACCUGAUCUUCUAUGUUGGUGGUUUUACUAAUGUGAGUGAGACCAACCAGAUGAAAGUCUUUAAAUCGUGUUCACUCUUCCCCAUAAACUACAUCAUCAGAGGAUUUCUUUUAACAGUGACAACCUCCAGAGAUGUGUUUCUUGUAGGAGUCAUGCUGACAACAAGCACAUACAUGGUGAUUGUCUUGUUCAGACAUCAGAGGCAAUGCAAGCAUCUUCAUAGCAUCAGCCAACUGAGAACAUCCCCUGAGAAAAGGGCCACCCAGACCAUCUUGAUGCUGGUAGUUUUCUUUGUGGCCAUUUACUGGGUGGAUUUCAUCAUCUCAUGCAUGUCAUUCCUGUUAUGGAUGUACAACCCAGUCAUCCUGACUGUUCAGAAAUUUGUUAUGAAUAUUUAUCCCACAAUUACUCCUUUGGUACAAAUCAGUUCUGAUAACAGAAUAAUCAAUGUACUGAAAAUCCUGUGGUCAAAGAGGCACCAGAUUUUUAAAAAAAGAUGGUUUUUUUGUCUUCUUUGA